AUGGAGCGCAUAUUUCGACACAUUGCUUGUACGGAUGCACAGAAAGUAUUAUGCGCAGAAUUUAUGUUAAUUGGAGCAGCUGGUCACUGGUGGGAAUCUGUUUCACGUACAAGGACGGAAGAGCAGCAACGUAAUCUGACUUGGGAGCAGUUUAAAGACGAAGCGCUGGCAAAAUAUUUUCCACAAGCUUUGAGGGACUUCAAGGAAUCAGAAUUUCUGCAGCUCAGACAGGGGAACAUGUCACUUACUGAUUAUGAAAGACAGUUUGAGCAGCUCUCGAGGUAUGCCCCGUACUUGGUGGAUACAGAAGUUAAGAAGAUUAGGAGGUUCGAGAAUGGACUGCGCCCUGAGAUCGGCAUGAUCAUUAUGUCCCAUCGUUUCACCUCAUGUCGUGAAAUGUUGGAGAGGGCUCAUGCUAUUUCAUAUCAGAGGACCUCAUUUGAACAGUAUGCCCAGCAGAGUAAGGAGUUUUUGGGGAAAAGGAAGUGGAGUGAUCAAAACAAGAACAGACGCAAUUGGCAGAAUAAAAGGCCAGACAUAGGAAUUCGCAUUGAUGGGACGAGUGGAAGUAUUACCCCAUGUCCUAAGUGUAAUAAACUCCACAUGGGUGAAUGCUGGUUCGGGAAGAAUGUGUGCUUUAGGUGUGGUAAGCCCGGACACAUCGUUCUCAACUGUCCAGAGCCUCCAAAGAAGAAGGAUGAUGAUCAAGACCAAAACAAGAAAGGAAAGGCCCGAGUUUUCUCACUGAAUCAGCAUGAGGCAGAGCAGGAUCCGAAUGUGAUAGCAGGUAUUCUGUUAUUAUCCAAUGUGCCCGUUUACGUACUUUUUGAUUCUGGGGCAACCAAUUCUUUUAUAUCUGCAUCCUUCGUCACUAGGUCCAACUUUGCAUCUGUGAGAACAAAUAAUGAAUUAGAGGUUAGCAGUCCGUCAGGAAAAACUCUUUGCACAAACCAGAUGACUAAGUCUAGGAAGUUAGAGAUUGAUGGGAAAAUAUUGGAGGCAGACUUAUACCUCUUGGAAAUGAAAGACUUCGAUGUUAUCUUAGGCAUGGAUUGGUUAGGACUUAAUCAUGCUACCAUUUGA